AUCCGAUGCCGGGAACGGCUGAAUGCCUCACGAAAUCAGUUUCCCCUCCGGUAGUUAUAAAUGCGGAGAGGGCGCCAUUGCAAUUCGCAAGGCAUCCAUCUAGUAGCCAUCGGAAAUUGAAAAACCAGCCAAAGAUCACCGAGCUCUCUCGAUCAUCUCCGGAGUUCAGGAGGCAUGGCCGACGACCAGCAGCUGCCGGCGCAGCGGUACUGGUUCCCGUACUGGAGCGCGCCCCCGCAGCCGCCGCCGCCGCCCGCGCCCGCUCCUCGGCCGGCGGUCCGCCCGCAGCUGUCGAGGCGGGACACACGCCCGGCGCCCCCGACGUCGUCGCCUCCUGUAACGCCAUCCCCGUCGCGGCGGCAGUCGCACCCUCAGCCGGCGCCGGCGCCGGCAUACAAAGGCGCUGGUGGUGGUGCCCCUUCUCCGCCGGCUCAGCCACAGCUGACGCGGCUGUCGAGCAGGCCGUCCCCAUCGCCGGCCCGCGCGCCGCCGCUCUCGCCCAUCAGAGAGCCCAACGCUAGUACUGCUCCGGCGUCGGUUCCGGUACCUGUUGCCAAGGAGCCCAAGCCAGCUGCCACUCCUCGUCCUACUGCCCAUGAAGUUCCCAAGAAAAAAGACAUCAUCAUCCCGCAGGAGAAAACCAUCCGUGAACUGCCUGCAGAUUCCAAGACACACAGCAAGGCGGUAGAGAAGGAGCAGAAAAAGGAAAAGGAUAAACAGAAGGAGGAGGAAGAAAAAGAGAAGAAGGAAAAGGAGAAGGAAAAAGAAAAGGAGAAAGAGAAGAAGGAGCACAAGGAGAAGGAGAAAGAAAAGGAGCAAGACAAGACGGAGAAGGAGCGCAAGGAGAAAAAAGAGAAGGAUAAAGAAGAGAUCAAAAGCAAAGAGGCAGCCGGCAAGCACGGCCACGGCAGCAAACUGCAUAAGGAGCUCAAGUCAGACGUCGCGGACAUGGUGCACAAGCUGAGCACCUCGGCGCCAUCGUCCGGCGGCGGCCAUAGAAGCCCUACCUCGGCUGCAGCAGGGACGACCAUCAUCACGCUGGCCGGCGAGAACAAGGGCGCGUCCAUGAAGAUAGACGGCGCCGCCAUGGCCGACGGCAAGGCUGACUCGGCAGCCAGGAAGGAGCAUCGCGGCCGCAAGCUCGAUGACAGCGUCGUCGCUGGGGGGAAGGACCAGGCCGGGAGCAAGGGGCUGACAGCAUUCGUCAACAGCAACGUGCAGGUGAUCAACAACUCGCUGGUGUUGCAGAGCUCCUGCAGCGGCGGCAACCCGGGGGUGCACCUCAAGCUAGCCACCAAGUCCAAGAGGAAGGGCGACGGCGGCGAGGAAGCCGGAGCCAACCGUGGCUCUGCUGCUGCGCCGAAGAAAUGAUCGAGCUCCAGGCCUCCAGCCACCGGCCUCCCAUGACUAUCGCGAUCAGUGAUCAACUGGCCAAAUCAACCAUCGAUGUGCAUGCAAACAGAGUGUUCAAGCUUGCUUAGCAACGAUCGUUAUGUAUUCGUUGUAACCAAGGAGACUUUAGCCUAAAAAACCUAAGCAAAAAACAAUUAAGACACCGAUGGUAAAAAAAAUCAUUUACAGACUAAUACGCAAGGGAAACCUCGAACCAAAUGUGAA